AGUAAAGGGGGGGGUUUCCACGGAAACCGGUUCCUCUCAGCGGAGGCGCAGUGAUCACGGUGAAGGUUAAAGGUCAGAGCUGGGAGUGGGGAAAGUUUAUGGAGCCAGAGGCGCUCAGCAGAAAUGUGGCUAUUGGCAAGAGGAUCAGCACAAAAACUUCAACCCGGCCUUAGGAAUCUGUGCUGUAAUUACCACAGAAAAGAACCUUGUAUAUGUAUGUAAAAAAUAAGAACCUUGUCGCACGGAGGAGUAAGAGGUGAAUUACUCCUAACCUGAAAGGUUAUUUGUAGCUCUGGCUGAAUAAUACCACUUUUGAAGUGAACCUGGAGAUGAAGAGGCAGCUACUCAGUGUGAUGUGCCCCCGUGCUUCUUGCUUCCAUAUUGCAAGAAGCAACAGUCUCCAAGUACGAGUUUACUGCUCACAGCCCACCCAGAAAACAGUUGCCAAGACUCUAAAUGAAACUACCAAUGCGACACAGCUGAAGUGGGUGGAACUGAGCAAAGAUUUAAGCAAAAAAACUGUUGAGCACAUUCGAAUCACAACCAAUUCCUUGUGGGAGAAAUAUGAGGAGUUUGUUGGACUGAAAGAGGUGCAAGUAGCACAGCUCAAGGUCACUGAGGCAGAGAAAGCUUUCAUGGUGGCUCGUGGUGUUGUUCGACAAAGUCGGGAAACCCUUGAAAAUCAGCAGUUGAAACUGAAGGAAGUUCGAGAUAGAUUAGACAGAGUCUCACGAGAGGACAAUCACUAUCUAGAACUGGCCACCCAAGAGCAUAAACUGCUGCAGGAAGAGAGACGUCACCGAACAGCAUACGAAAAUGCAGAGGAGCUGGAACGUGAGACAUUCGCUCUCUUUUCUGCAGCAGUGAGAGAAAGCCAUGAGAAAGAGCGGACUAGAGCAGAGAGAACAAAAAACUGGUCUGUGAUUGGGUCCGUGUUGGGUGCUAUGAUCGGGGUUCUGGGAUCAACCUACAUCAACAGAGUUCGAUUGCAGGAGCUGAAGGGAUUACUUCUUGAGGCACAGAAAGGGCCAAUUAACUUGCAGGAAGCUCUUAAAGAGCAAGCUUCCAUACACCAAAUUCAAAGCCAGAAACUCAAUACACUUGUAACAAAUCUGAAGGAACUAGUACAUGACAAAAGUGCAUUUCAGCAAGCAGGUAAGGAGGCCACCACUAAUCUUAAAAAGGCAGAAUCUGGUCUCAAACCAGAUCCCGUUAUGGAUGCGUUGAAGAAACAAGCAAGCUCCUCAAAACAGACGAGUGCAGCAUUAGAAGGACUAGAACUGAAACUAAAUGGUCUGGAACAAGCAAUUGGGAAGGUUGCAUCUGACAUUAGGACAGUAAAAUCUGUCACACAAGCUAAGGCAUCACAGACUGUUUCUUCAGAAUUGACACAGGAUUGGCAGAUUCUGGCUACGGAGAAUAUGAUUGAUGGGUUAGCAGAGAUGGAGAAACGGCUAGAAACUCAUAUCCAAGCAAGUUCUUUGUAUAACACAAUGCUGACAUAUGCUGCAUUCGCGCUCACACUGCCGGUGUUAUACAUGCUCUUCAAAGGGAAUUGAAAGAAACUGUAGCGCAUGAAUGUUGCAUGUAGGCAUUAUGCUGUUUGAGAAAAGUAGAUAAUAUUUUCUAGUAAUUGGGACAAUUAGUUUUAGCAAUUGAAGUGUUUUUGUUUUAAUUUUGCAAGGUAUUAUUUUGAUCUUGUUGUUACUCUCUCAAAGGAAAGAAUCUGUGCUUAAAUAGCCUCUCGCACCAUUCGGAUAUUUCACCAAUUGAUAGCUUUAGAAAUGAGGUCACUGUUCUUAUGCAGAUCAGUCAAUGUUGCUAACAAUCUUAACACUGGAAUAAGAAGCUCCACAUCCAAGAAUUCACUUCAUUUUCACUUUAAUUUCCAUUUAGAAAAUUCUGCAGGAAUAUGACUGCAGUUGAACAUCUGGCUGAAUAAUACUUUUCUACCUGCUUCCUGUAUAUCUCAAUUUCUUGUAAGGCCACGCAACAUUUGUCCACCACAACAUUAAGUAUAAUCAACAAUGGAACAUGUACGCCUUUCAGGUAGACGAUUCCAAAGAACCAUAGCCCUUUGAAUUCUUCCUUGUCUCAACUCUAAAUGAUAGACUCCUUAUCCUGAGCUUGUCCCCCAUUCCUCCAGCCAGGGAGAAUCUUUCAGUGUAUUAAUUUUCAGAGUCCACCAUGCUUCAAUAAGACAUUCUCCUACUCUUCGAAAUCCCAGAGAAUGUGGAAUGAAGUUAUUCAACUUCAUAUCUUCUCAGCCCAGGGACCAACCUAGUGAACCUUUGCUCCACCACCUUCAGUGCAGGUAUAUCUUUUCUGAAACAUGAAGGACAGAAAUGCACACUGUAUUCCAUGUAUAGUCUCACCAAAGGAUCCUUCAAUUGGAGCAAGACUUCCAUUAUUCAUGUACUCCAAUUCCCUUGCAAUAAGGAUCUACAUGUCAUUUGACUUCCUAUUUGCUUGCUGUACCUGCGUACUAACUUUAAGUUAGUUCUUGUAGAGUAAGCACAAGCUGCUUCAUAAAAUUAUUCUCAACAGAUAAGCUCAGCAGAUUUACAUGAUGAAACCACAAUCAGUUCAAGAAUUAAGAAUUAAUCCUCCAGGCAUCAGGUUUGGAAUUUAAACCACUGAUUAAAUAAAUUGUUUGCUGCUCAACCAUCGAUAAUAAACACUUUAUUCAAGAGAUACUUUUAAAGCAGUGAAAUUUUUAUUUUAAAAUACACCAGAUACAUGAGCACUUGUUUUGCUACUUGGAAGAAUAAACUUUUAAUUGUACUGAAAGGUUUAAAAUCAGGGUCCAAAUGAUGAAAGGUUCUGAUUUUUUUUCUUUAAAAUGAUUCUAGAAAGAAGUCAGGCAACUUGCACAAUUUCUGCCUCCUGCAAGAUUUAAAAAUAUUUUUACAUGAUGUUUAGUGAUAUCAUGCAGUCUCUGUGUUAUGAUUGACAUAUGGUUCCAGCAUUCAACACCAGUGGUCACCAGUCCAUGUAGUUUUCUAUAUUCCUAAUGCAAAGCAGGGAGUCCAGUAGAAAAGGCCUUUAAAUACCUUCUCGAAGGUCAGUAUCCUGUUACCAAGUUACCUUUUAUUUACACGUGCAUCAUACAUGACACUGACCAAGCUAGCUCAGGGCUGGCUCUUGAAGUGAGCAAGACCCUGACAAUCCUGUUUAUAUCAGUCAGCCAGGAACCCCUGAUGGGGGCUGUUAACCUAUGAGAUCCACCUGGCUGACGUUUGUGUCCGCAGUCAGAUAUUGUCAGCAGUAACUGGAAAGGUGUCCAGAAAGUUUAAAAACAGAAUGGACUAUUCGAGUGGCAGCACGAGAUACACCGAUGGUGUAUCCACCAGUGGGAGGCAGCUCAACAUGUGUGUUUGUCAGUUGGUAUCCCAGACAGUGUUUCAACUUGUAACUCUAUGCACUCAGAAUAAGACCCCACCCCUGAAUUUGAUCUGAAGCUAUGGGCAGUACGGUCCUUUCCAGUUUAAGUAGCUGGGGCAAGGGUUGUGGCCUGUUAAUACUGUAAAUUGAUGUCUGUAAAGGUAUUGGUGAAACUUUGUCCAGUUUCUCUCAAUUCUCUUUAUUGGUCUUCUGGUUUAUUAGCAUGUCAUCUAGAUAAAUGGCGACCUGGGGCAGAUUGUGUAAAAUGUUCCCCAUGGUAGCUGGAAAAUAGCAUUAGAACCGGGUGACCAUUUACCAAGACAUUUAUUUUGAUUGGCUCUGAUUUGGAUGUUGCUGAGGAAUUUACAUGUUCCAAACCAGCAGUAGGUGGACUUUCCACAUUGUGCACUCUCCUGGAUAUCUGACUAUGAAUUCUCUUACUCAGUUGAGGCCAAGUGGGACUCUUUUGCUGCAUCAUGUCCGCAUACAGGCAGCAGCUACAGUGCCUGCCGGCCCGGAUCCUCAAGGAAAGUUUGGUCAAAGCUUGGCUGUGUUUUGGAGUUUUGCUGUGAUCUGACCUAGAGUCCCUCUGUUCAGGAUAUGUUCUGAUUGAGGCUAUGCAACUGCCUUCGCUCAAGUGGUGACCCCCAAUCUGAGCCAACCUUGCAAGGGUGUCCACUUCCAUUAGCGUACCUUGUUAACUCAUAAGCUCCACUUGCCAUAUUUUUAAAUGACAAAGCCAAUUGCGGUGCCUGUUUGAAGUCCAGUUAGGCUUUGGCUAGUAGGUGCUUUUGCAUGAUACAUCGUUAUUCCCAUUCUCGUUUCCACUGAAAUUACUCCACGAAGGCUGGUGUUCCAUCACCAUGCUGCCAUUUAUUUACAUGUGCAUAGUACAUAACAUUGAUUCAGCUGGCUGCUAGGGUAAGCAGAACCCCUGGUACGCUUGUUUAUAUAUGUCAGCCAGGACUCCCUGAUUGGACCAGGUAAACAUCUCCAAUCAGGAAACUCAUAUUCUAUGAGAUCCACCUGGCUGAACUUGUAACAAUAACUACAGCCUUGCAUAUCCAUUCGGUACUUUCAUGACAGGACAUAAGAGUGAAAUAAUUGCUGCACUAUCCUUUUCACCUAUCAAUCAUCCUAUAUGAAAAGAUUAUUUUGUGAUAUUAGCCAGUUUUGUUUCUCUGUGCUGCUACUCCACUGCCAUAAUUCACAGCAGUGUUCUGAAUUAGCAUUUUCCAUAGUGUUUAUCAGGGAAUAAAACAUUUCCUCCUAAAGAUGCAAGAUGGAUUUUCUGUUCCAGUGUGAUAUAUCAAAAAUAAAGUUGGUGGAGUAUUUCACCAUGAACUUUAUAAGCAGUGGUGUAUAGAAAAAAGCUUAAAUGUUUUUUUUUUCUUUACUGUGCGCUCUUUGCUCAGUUGUAUUACAGACCAGUAUUAUGUCUCGAUGGAUCAGUGUGCUGUUUGAGUUUAACCCAAAACAUUUUGACAAAAGUCUUCAUCUCAAUUAUUUGUGGCUAUUUUUCCAACUUUUCCCUGUAUCAAGGGGUCACCGCAUCCUGUUGUGCUGGUUUAAACUGUGGCUUCAGCUCGGAUUCCAUGAUAGUAACUAUUUUGUUGGAUUUAAUUUAUACAUGGUUACACAUUCUGAAACAUAUUAAAUUAUUUUGAUGUUGACUUA